AUUUGACUUAAAGGAUCGGUCUCUUACUUCAAAUAUCAAACCAUGGACUUCAAUCGUUUCGGGAAAUCUUGUAACUUCAUUUUUUUACGGAUGUAUUAUACCAACUUCAGUUAAGUUCAAUGAUCUUAGUCAAAUGAUCGAAUUCCUCAAUCAGAAGCAAAUUGGUGAAGAGAGAUUGGUUUUCACACUAAUUGGGAGAGAGCAAUUUCGGUUUUGGUUACUGUAGUGAUCAAUGCAGCGAAGGUGUUCGAUGAAAUGCGUAGGAGAGACUUUCGGGAAAUUACUUCACUAAGAGCUUUUUUACUGAUGCGAAUUCCUUUUAAUGAUAGAACAAGAUAUCAAGCAAAGAAGCCUUGUGGUCUUGAUACUGAAUUCUAGAAUACACAGUGACGUGGUGGUCUUGUCUUUUGAUAAGCUUGUUGUAGCUGUCUCCUCUCUCAAUGGCUAUCUCCUGCGACUGAAACGAGUUCAGGCAGCAAUGUGAAUGAGCUAGAGAAUCCAAUAAGCAAUGAUAGGACUGGGUCAAUAGUUCAAGAACGUGAAGGUUCCGACAACUAAGCAAACUGCUUCUUCAAUUUGGUUCCGACAACUUUUAUCAUUAAAAAAUAUAUAAAAUAUCUUUUAUUAUUAAAAAAUAUAGGGAUAUAUCUUUUAUUUGAUUAAUCAUUAUAUUAUUGUAGAGAACCCUCAGCCAAGAGAUUGGUAGCUAGAUAGAUAAGGUUGACUUGGAGUCAACUUCUAGCUUAGAGUUUUGAUAAAUUUUAUAGCUUUCUUCAUUUAUAGUAAACGUUUUAACUCAUUUUUUUCCAGAGAAUCUGUACCCUUGGCGUUCUUGUACUGGUUCAUCGUAGGUGAUACUCGACGUCUAGUUGUUAUGGCUGAAGGAUUUGUGUCGUUUGGGCUUGAGAAGCUUUGGGAUCUCCUGAGUCGAGAAUCAGAGCGAUUGCAGGGAAUUGAUGAGCAACUUGAUGGACUAAAGCGUCAGCUGAGAAGUUUACAGUCGCUGUUGAAAGAUGCAGAUGCCAAGAAACAUGGAAGUGAUAGGGUGAGGAACUUCUUGGAAGAUGUCAAAGACCUUGUUUUUGAUGCUGAGGAUAUAAUUGAAUCCUAUGUUCUGAACAAACUUAGAGGAGAAGGAAAAGGGGUCAAGAAGCAUGUGAGACGACUUGCUCGCUUCUUAACGGAUCGCCACAAAGUUGCUUCAGAUAUCGAGGGUAUAACUAAGAGGAUCUCUGAUGUGAUUGGGGAGAUGCAGAGUUUUGGGAUACAACAAAUCAUUGAUGGUGUUCGUUCGCUGUCUCUUCAGGAAAGACAAAGGGUGCAGAGGGAGAUCCGACAAACGUAUCCUGACAGUUCUGAAAGCGAUCUUGUCGGGGUGGAGCAGAGUGUUGAAGAAUUGGUUGGUCAUUUGGUGGAGAAUGAUAUUUAUCAAGUGGUUUCUAUAGCUGGGAUGGGCGGUAUUGGUAAAACCACUCUGGCUAGACAAGUCUUUCAUCAUGAUUUAGUCCGGCGUCACUUUGAUGGAUUCGCAUGGGUCUGUGUUUCGCAACAAUUUACACUGAAACAUGUUUGGCAGAGGAUCUUGCAAGAACUUCAGCCACAUGAUGGGAAUAUUUUACAGAUGGACGAAUCUGCACUUCAGCCUAAACUCUUUCAAUUGUUAGAGACCGGUAGAUAUUUACUUGUCCUCGAUGAUGUAUGGAAAAAAGAAGACUGGGAUCGAAUAAAAGCAGUGUUUCCACGGAAAAGAGGUUGGAAGAUGCUGCUUACUUCUCGAAAUGAAGGUGUUGGGAUACAUGCUGAUCCAACAUGUUUAACUUUUAGAGCAAGCAUCCUUAACCCUGAAGAAAGUUGGAAGCUCUGUGAGAGAAUAGUAUUCCCUAGGAGAGAUGAAACUGAAGUAAGGCUUGAUGAAGAAAUGGAAGCCAUGGGAAAGGAAAUGGUCACACAUUGUGGAGGACUACCAUUAGCUGUUAAAGCGUUGGGAGGCUUGUUAGCUAAUAAACAUACAGUUCCUGAGUGGAAAAGAGUUUCUGACAAUAUUGGAUCUCAAAUAGUAGGAGGAUCGUGCUUAGAUGACAACAGUCUCAAUUCGGUUAACCGAAUAUUGUCUCUGAGUUAUGAAGAUUUGCCAACGCAUUUAAAGCAUCGCUUCCUUUACCUAGCCCAUUUCCCUGAAGAUUCCAAGAUAUACACGCAGGAUUUGUUCAAUUACUGGGCUGCAGAAGGGAUUUACGAUGGAUCAACCAUCCAAGAUAGUGGAGAAUACUACCUAGAAGAGCUAGUGAGGAGAAAUUUGGUUAUUGCAGACAACAGGUAUUUGAGUUUGGAAUUUAAUUUUUGUCAAAUGCACGACAUGAUGAGAGAAGUAUGUUUAUCUAAAGCCAAAGAAGAGAACUUCUUACAAAUUAUCAAAGACCCUACUUCCACCUCUACCAUCAAUGCUCAAUCUCCUAGUAGAUCUCGCAGAUUCAGCAUACAUAGUGGUAAAGCCUUUCAUAUAUUGGGACACAGAAACAAUCCAAAGGUGAGAUCUCUUAUAGUUUCGAGAUUCGAGGAAGACUUUUGGAUACGAUCAGCUUCAGUCUUCCACAACUUAACAUUGCUCAGGGUGUUGGAUCUUUCUAGGGUAAAGUUUGAAGGAGGGAAGUUACCUUCUAGCAUUGGAGGGCUCAUCCACUUGAGAUACUUGAGCUUAUACGGAGCUGUGGUAUCUCAUCUACCUUCUACUAUGCGGAACUUAAAGCUUCUGCUCUUUUUGAACUUACGUGUUGAUAACAAGGAACCGAUUCACGUGCCAAAUGUUUUGAAAGAGAUGCUAGAGUUGAGGUACCUUUCCCUACCUCAGGAAAUGGAUGAUAAAACCAAGUUGGAAUUGGGUGAUCUAGUGAACCUGGAGUACUUGUGGUAUUUCUCAACGCAACACAGUAGUGUGACAGACCUCCUCCGUAUGACUAAGCUCCGGAAUCUCGGUGUAUCUUUGAGCGAAAGGUGCAAUUUUGAAACUCUAUCGUCAUCUCUCCGUGAAUUGCGAAACCUCGAAAUGCUUAAUGUCCUUUUUUCGCCCGAAAUCGUUAUGGUUGAUCAUAUGGGAGAGUUUGUUCUGGAUCAUUUUAUUCAUCUAAAACAGUUGGGAUUGGCAGUACGUAUGUCAAAGAUUCCUGAUCAACAUCAAUUCCCUCCCCACCUUGCCCACAUACAUCUAGUGCAUUGCGUCAUGAAAGAGGAUCCAAUGCCAAUUCUAGAAAAGUUGCUUCAUUUGAAGUCGGUUGCAUUAAGUUAUGGUGCUUUCAUCGGGCGGAGAGUGGUGUGCUCAAAAGGCGGAUUUCCUCAAUUAUGUGCCCUAGGAAUAUCUGGAGAAUCAGAAUUGGAAGAGUGGAUAGUAGAAGAAGGGUCGAUGCCAUGUCUUCGUACUUUGACUAUACAUGAUUGCGAAAAGUUGAAGGAACUUCCUGAUGGACUCAAGUACAUAACAUCCUUAAAGGAGCUAAAGAUUAGAGAAAUGAAGAGGGAGUGGAAGGAGAAACUGGUACCAGGUGGAGAAGAUUACUACAAAGUCCAACACAUUCCCGAUGUUCAAUUUAUCAACUGUGACCUGUAGCAGGUAAAAAAUAAAUUGUAUGGUGUUCACUUUGUUUUUUUCUAUGUUGUUGUUGGAUUCGUGUGAAAGUCAUGUGGACAGUCUCAACGACUAUACAUUGUUCCAGCAUCGAUCAUCUUUGAAAUAGAUGCAGGAAAGACCAAGAAGCGAGCCAAAUUCUCUUAUAUUGGGAGAGAUAGAGGCUGCUUCACAAAAGUCAUCAGCUGAUCAACAGGUUUUUCCGAAGAAUAGCUUAUGAAGAAUACAGAUCCUCAAGUAUUAAUGAUUACGUUUCCAGUCUUGGAGCUCUCGCUUUCAGUGAAUCGUUAUGUUGUGUAGCUCAGAACUAUAUUAUAGAAACAAUGCUUAUAUUGUUGUUUGUUUUUGAUGUGGAUGCAUGGAACUUGCUUGAGAACUCUUUUACAAAAUGGAGAAACGAAACUUGUAAAAUUUGGAUAUUUUCUGUUUAUUGUAAAAUUUGGAUAUAUUUUAAGAAUUGCGUUUUGCUUUCUCGUUUGUGAUUUAACCCAGUUCGUUUUGUAAGCUCUAUUUACACCAUC